CUUCCGCUUCACACCUCCCAUUUUCAAUCUUAAUUAUUCCCUUCUCACUCCUCUCUCUCUCUCUUAUAACAAUUUACCUUUCCUCUUUUCUCUUCACAUUUUCUUUACCUCUUCUUCUUCUCCUUCUUCCCCAACAAAUCUCUCUCUCUCUCUCUCUCUCUCUCUCUCUCUCUCUCUCUCUCUCUUUCUCUUAUAUAUAUAUAUAUAUGUAUAUAUAUGUGUGUCAGAAUUGAUGUACUAAAUCCUGUACUUUCCUUUUCUAAGCUAUAGGACCCUCAACUCAAGUGUGUCAGAAGAAAAUCUCUCUCAAAAUUAUCUUUCAACGGUUCCUUAAUUUGUAGUCUUUGAUCCCUAAAAAGCACACACUCUCAUCGUACUUCCCCAGAAACCCUAAUUUUCCCAAGUGUCUAGGGUCUGAUAUAUAUAUAUCUCUGUGUAUGAUGGAUUAUUCCCAGAGCUUAUCUAAUCCAAACCCUAAUUCACUCAAGAAUAGGUUUACCAAGGGGUUCAUUAGGGCCUUGAUGAGAAUACAGAAAUCUCCAGCUUCUAACUCCCCCGGAGAGAUCUCAAAACGCCGUCGUAAAAUCAAGACCGCUGCCAAUGCGGCCAUGGCGUCAGCCGUAGGCUCUAGGAAAGUAUGGAGUCAGGCGGUGCUGCGGAGGAUCCGAUCAAACCGAAGCCAAUCGGCCCGUCGUCACCGCCGCUGCCGCGCCUUAUUUAAAAGGAUCGGAAAGAUUAAUAGUAAUUCCAUGAAGAAGAAGAGAGGUAUCAUCAAUGGAAGCAGUAGUAGUAGUCAUGAAAAAGACGAAGAAGAAGAAGAAGAAGAAAUAGUUGGUUUUGGGCAAGAAAAGAAGCUUAGGAAACUGGUUCCAGGUGGUGCAGCCAUGGAUAUCUGCAGCUUAUUGGAUGAGACUGCCCACUAUAUAAGGUGUCUUACCACUCAGGUAAAGGUUAUGAAAACGAUAACUGAAAUUUGCUCAACUUGAUGAUGAUGAUGAUGAUGAUGAGUUCUUCUUCUUCCAUCAUGUGCAGAAAUUUUUAGUUGAUGGAGUCCCCAAAAAAAAAAUAAUAAUAAGGGAAUUAAAGAAACCAAAUGUUUAUGUUUAUGUGGUUAUUUAUUAUUAUAGGCUUUAGCCAUAAAUAUUUACUCAAAAGAAAAAGAAAAAAAGGUUUUGAAUUAAGUUGCAAAAUUAUAUAUCGGAGGAAAAAAAAAAGAAAAGAAAGAAAAGUCACAGGAAAAGUUCAUAGCAGUACUAUAUUUUUUUGAGCCAGGUGUGCUAUAUAUUUAUGUAUAUAGAUUCUGCAUAAUAUUGUUCAUGAUCUA